GCCACAAAGCCAUAAGCGAGGUUCGGGUCCGGGUGAGUCGAGGGGAGGACGGUGUGAAGUGGAGUUGUGUGAGGAGAGGAGGAAGGUGGUGGUGCCGGUGGAGGGGGGAGCAAGAGCCAUCCUUCUCUAUUAGGACUGUUCUGUUAGUGUGUGUGUAUGCAUGAGUUCUGCAUCGAAUGGGCGCAAAAACCGCCCCAAAUCGGCCGGGAACAUCUUCCAGAUCGGUAAGCCUCUCUACCGAGACCCCCAGCGGAGGGAGAGCACGGAGAGUAGCCGCAGAGCCCAGCGCGCCGUGGCCGACUGCAGGAUGAUCGUCCAAGAGUUCAACACGCUGGUGGCUCUGUAUCGUGAGCUGGUCAUCUCCAUCGGCGAAAUCACAGUGGACUGUCCUACCUUACGGGCUGAGAUGCUGAGGACUAGAACCAAAGGCUGUGAGAUGGCCAGGGCCGCGCACCACAAUCUGUCUUUGAUAUCAGGGCCAGAGGACGGUGAGAUCCACCCUGAGAUCUGCAGGCUUUUCAUCCAGCUGCAGUGCUGCCUGGAAAUGUACAUCACUGAGAUGCUCAAAUCUUUCUGCUUGCUGGGCUCCCUGCAGCUCCACAGGAAAGGUAAAGACAUCUGCAGCCCCUCCACAGUGCAGGACAGGAAGGCUGAGGAGAGCUCAGACAUCCCCAUCCUGGAGGACACCUCUUCCUCGCCCACUGACUGUCCUCAACUCUCUUGGCUGGUGGCCACAGACAUAGAAAACAUAGAAAAGGACAUGCGGGACAUGAAGAACCUUCUCAGUAAACUCAGGGAGACAAUGCCUUUACCACUGAAGAACCAAGACGACAGCAGUUUGCUCAACCUGUCUCCCUACCCGCUGGUCCGACAGAGGAAGAGACGCUUCUUUGGCCUCUGUUGCUUGGUAACCAGCUGAGGCCCCGCCCUCUUGGCAUCAACAAAACAUUGCCCACAGUCCUCCAUCAUGUGUGUCUCCCACCACUCUAUACUACAGUACUGCCAUUUUUAAACAAAACAAAAAAGAAGGCUUUUUUUUGUAAUACAAGGAAGACCUCACAUUCCAGGAUAAACUUGACCUGGCAACAGAUUCUCACAUUUAUUGGGGGUAAAAAAGGUGUCCAGUGUUUCAUGUAAAAGAGAAAAUGUUUGGAAAAGACUGUAUUCCCUUUUGCAAAACAAAAGAAAGAAGAGUGUAAUUGUCUGUUUUGUCAGAAUAUGUGAAGUAAAAGCCACCUGAAUGUGAAAGGAUGGCAAAGACUAGGAAGUCAUUUAUAAUGUGUAGUCCACCAGUCUGUUCCCCCCCCCCCGCCCGUAGUCUUCCAUUAAAGAUAAACCUGUACCCAACUUUAACUUUCCAGCUUUCAAAGUGCAAUACACUGUAUGAUACAGUGGAGAACUCGUUUGCACACACUAUACAAAUAUACAACUUUAGACUUGUGUAAUUACACCUAUUGUGUCUGCCCUAUGAAUUGUUAGGUUGUUGGUCGGUGCCCAGUAUGGCGCCUUCUUGUGGAUGAUGCUUGUUAUUAGGGUUUAGGGCCAGGUGAAUUUAGAUCAUUUUGCAUUCUUAAUAAAACUUUUGUUAUUGAAAUUAUUGGACGAGUGAGGGUUUUUUUAUGUCAUGCAGUACCGUCAAAAUCCACUAGGAGGAGACACGUCGUCACUAAAGAUGUUGUCGUUUGGGCACGUGGCUUUGCUACAUUACGGUUUAUGAUGAUAAAGUGAUGCAACUCAUGGCAAA